UGUCAGGAAGGCACUGUCUGGCUGCGCUUAGUAUGGUGGGGAGUUAUAGAAACUGUGGACUAUCAGCAGGUGUCAUUUUUGGGCUUCUAAUCUUCUACAUUUUCCAAGCAGAAUGCAGUCUGAAGCCAUUUAGAAUAUGUGAACUGGGGGUACUGAACCAGAGUGUAUCACAGGCACACAUAAUGGUUUUUCAGGCCAAAGACCUCUAUAACAUAUCCGUAUACCAACAGGAAUUUCAAGAAACAGGACUGUGUAAUACACCGGUUGCCUGGUUAUCCAUUCCUAAUAUUACGCGUUUGCCAAGUUCUAAAAUGCUGCAGAAGAUAAAUCAGAGCCUUCAUACUUUCCUUGGUGCAUUUAAAGUUCUAAACAAAUGUAGAGUUGAAAAUGAAUUCUUCUCUAAACUUCAAGAGACCAAAAAAAGUAUAUCUGCUUUGCAGUCAAAUAUUUUCUCGGCCUUAUGCAAUAAGCGCACCACUUUUCAAAUACCAAAAUCGAUUGCUAUUCCUGAGGCAGAUGGUGUUUUUGACGAAAAGCUGCAAUGUUGCCAGGUACUGAAAACGUAUAUGGACUUCAUGGUAGGAGUGGAGAGUGGACUUCAGAGACUCAGAGAAGAAACAGCACGAAAGAUGGCUCUGCUGCAACACAAUAAAGUUUCUACUGGUCAGCAGGAAGAAGGAAAACGAAGUAAGAUUAGUUUCAAGAGGCAAAAGAAUCAAAAAUAAGAACUCUUAGCAGGAUAAGAAUGAAUUAGUAUUUGGAACAGGAAAGAGAAGAAGCCAAAAAGGUAAUGGGGCCAGGUGUCCCACUAAGGGACAUAUCUACAAAAGGGAUAAGAGAAAACUGAACUGUCCCCAGAUCACCCACCUCUGAAGAGAAAUAAUUGUCCCAUCUUCCUCUGAUAUAAAUGCCAAUUAGUGUGGUACUCUAUAAGAAACACAUACUGCAGUACAGUACUGCACAUAAUGUAACCCAGUAGCUUGAACAUAUGGUCACUAUUGCCUUUUGCUAUCCUGGGCCCUGGAUCAAAAGAAGCUUUCCAAACCCCCAUUAUUUAUACACAGAAAGAUUGUUUAACUUAUUGCCCUUUAGCUGUAAACUACUGCCUUCAGCUCUAAGUUGUAUUUAAACUACAAAUGAGGGCCUGGAAGUUGUAUGAGAUACAAUAUAUGUUACUACUGUUGCCCACUUUCACCAUCUUACCUUACCUUAUAUUUACCACUUUUUGAAAUUACAGCUCUGCUGGGGCUCAGUAAGCGUUGGGCUCAGGGCAAAGGCCCUUCUUUAACCUCCCCAAAGACAGCUCUUAAUACAAUCAUGAGAUUAAAAGAAAAUAAAUAAAUCAGAGCAAGAUGCUAUGUUAUCUUGAGGGGCUUGCAGGCACAUCCUGUUAAUAUAUACUAUUAUUUACUGACAGUAAUGAUUGUAUACUUGUACUAUUCUGCCAAACAGACAUAAAAUCUAGCAUAAUAGUCCAGUGUAAAAGACACUGAGAUAAACUUGAAUCAUUACUAUUGUCACCUAAAAGGUUCAUUUUCAAAAAUAGUGCACUGCAUUAUAAUCAAAAUACAAGUGUUUUGUACACAUGUUACCAUUUCAGUAUUCCCUAACCAGUCAUCACCAGGUUUUUUUGUUCAUUUUAGCAAUGCUAAUUUUUAAUGGAGCUUUCUUUCAAGUUGCUAGAAACAUGUAUCCCUCAUCAGUGUUAUAUUGCCCCAUUCCCUUUAAUGACUACCUGGCUUUAGCAGGGUUCAUAGGAAACAACUGACUGGAGAUCUUUUGGAAAGUGUAACAAGUUUGUUAUAUAUACACUAUUUCCUGCUACAGCUACAUUUGUAUUCCCCCACAUAGACAUUAGAUGCAAUAUUCAGUCCAGGGGAUCUCAGUACUGUGAAGGAUAAGGAUUUUAUAUUGUUAACUCUCUGAUGGUCCAAUAACUACACUGUGACUAGAUUCUAUCACCAAAGAACCUACUUCCUUGGAAUACAGUUCCCCAAAAGCCAGUAAUGAAUUAAGGGGCUCAAUGCUGUGAGAACCCUACAUAUGACUGCACAAAGAGCCGUAAAAUUGCCUACUGGGCACUAUAUAAGAAAAAUGCAAUUUAUUAGUACAAUUUAAAUUUCUAUCUGUUCCAAGCCAGUCCCAUAUUACCACUGGUUAAUCCUUAAGCAAAUAUACCUGAAACCAUAACACAGAAUUGACAGCAGCUUCGAAGUACAGAUAGAGCAGACUUUAGGGCAGUGUCAAAUGGAUUUAAUGAAAUUUCUGCUCUUUUAUUGCCUGCUUCAAGUGGAUACUCCUCAGAUAUUUGUGUUGGUUUCCCUUAGGUGCUACAUUUCAUCCCACAGCCCACAACCUACUGUAGGUUAACUACAGUUGUUCUGAGGAUCUAUAUACCCAUAUGUACAUAAAACCAAACAACCACUGCUUAGCUCAGAGGGAAGGCAUUUGAACCUUGAACAACAUAGAUUGCUCAUCUCUGUAAAAUGCUUUCCUAUGGUUCAGUAGUGCCAAGGUAUUCUGUGAAGGGUUCACAAUGAUAAACAAAUGUUAAACCAUUUUAUACUGUUGUUAAACCAUGUUAUACUGCUGUUAAACCAUGUUAUACUGCUGCAAGGAAAAUUACAGGAAUAUUAUUUAUUAAUGUAAAUGCUUUAAAAAUGUUAUUAUUUAAAAUGUUUUAAACU